AGCACAAAUUGCGCUGUGCUUUUGUCUUGUAGUCUGACCACAGAUCCUAUAGCAAUGGCAAUUGGGUCCUGACAGCUGAGUUUUGCGAUAAAGAAAAUAUAUUAUGAUUUAUCUGCCACAUCACCCAAGCCUAUAUAGGCGAAGAGUUUCAUUCCACAAAGGAGAAGAGUGGGUAAUACCUAUACACCUGGACUCCAUGGUUAGAUGGGAUGAUAUGGAUAGGCGUCAACUUCCAUGCACUGUUUUUUAGUCACGUGUCAUUGUUGCUAUCCAAUCCGUAGCAGAUAACAGAGCAUGUUUUCCCCCCUGGGCACGAAUUUUGGGCAGAAUAUCAGAAGCUAUCCUCGGUAUUCAAUUUCACUUUCCACCCAUUUCAGGUAGAUUCAAUUUUUUCAAUUCUAAUUGAUGCCAAAUUCUGCAAGUUUAUUUCUGAAAAUUGGGAAUUGAUUAGAAAAGGACAUGGCAUUCGUGAAUUCCAACAAUUUAAAGAUCAAGAUCCACUCUCUGUCAACAGCAGUUCCAAAGCUCGCUGGGAAUUCGUCUCUUGAGAGAAAUGGAAUUGAUCAGCGUAAGGAGGGUUCUUUAGAGAAUGGGGUUUAUAUUGAUAGUCCAAAGAAGGGUUUACUGAGUAAGGAUGGAAAUGAAGAAGGGGCUCAAAGCAAAGCUCAGACAAAUGGGGGGGAUUUGGGGAGCCGGAUAGAGCACAUGCACUUGUGGAACAAAGGGAUGGAGGUUUUGGGAGCCUCCAAAGAAUAUGCUGCAGAUAUUGGGAGAAGCUUGUUUCAUAUGAAAGAGAGGCUAAUGUACAAGCUGGCUGCUGUUCCUGUUCCAGCAGAAGCUCUGGACAAUGCUCGGCAAUCAGUUGAAACAAUCAUAAAAGACAUGACCCAUGCUGCUCAGGGCUUGACGAAGGAUGCUGUUCAGCGUAUUAAGAGCCGCCUUGUUGAAAUACUGCCAUCUCUUUCUCCUACGCAGACUGAGAAGAUUGUUGAUGAUGCAGAAAUAGAAGUUCUGGAUAUGUCUCAAGGGUCUGCCACUCGAGAUGCAUCAAGAGAUGAAAGAAAACUUUCAUCAACAGAAUCCACCAAGCAGGAAAAUCAGCGUGAGGAUGCUUCACCAUCAAAAUCCUGGUUCAUGUCACCAGCUUCAUCGUUUCCAAUAAAUAUGGGCCGCUUAAAAAGGCCAUUUUCUCCACGUUCUCGACUGUGAGAAGCUAAGUGUGCAUUUCUAUGCUUUGGUAUAUAAUGUUAAAAAUAAAUACAUAUCUAGGGUUUGAUUUUCUACUUGAAUAAGUUCUUUUAUGUGGGCAUUAACAAUAACUGAUAUCCAUUUGACUUAUUGAGUCAAGGAUUUUCCAAUCAAUCACUGCAGAGAUGUCAGGCUGUAUCAAGCCUGCAGAAUGAGGAUUUCCAUGUUAAUAUGUAGAUGUAGCUUUUGAUUCCAAAUGGAAGAGUUGGGUUAGACAUAUUCGGGUAUUCCAGAUUAUAAAUAUGCUAUUAGAACAAGUUCCUUCGCUUACUAAGAAGAAAAUGUUUAGAGUUUGCAACCAAAGACUGAAUUCAUGUAAUUUGUGCAUUAUCUCUCUAUCCUUUGGGCUAGCAUAGAUUACUCAAAAACAUGUAUGAAAUCUCUGACACUCUGUAUGUUUUCAAUUUCUAACAAUUUUCAUAAUCAUUCUCAUAA